AUGUCUGUCAUAUUAAGGCUACUUCCUGAUUCUCAUACCUGUGUCGCUGGAAGUCCUUUGGAAGCACAGACAGCCACCUAUGACCCAGAAAAACCUAUUUACGAGAACUUUUUUAACUAUUCUCAAUUCGCCCUCUACUACUUUCCGCAAGUGCACUUCUUCGACAAGUACUUCACCAUUGUCCUCUUUACAAUCGGCUUUCCUGGUAACUUCAUUGCCUUCAUGGUGUGGUCCAGCAAAAGGAUGUACCAUGGAAACUCGGCGGCUGUCUAUCUGGCAGCUCUCUCACUCAAUGACACUGUUGUUCUAGCCAUUUCUCUCUUCCGAGACUUAACAAGAACUUGGGAUGUACCCUUCUAUCCUACUACAGGGUCUUGUGAAGUCCUUGAAACCGUCACACUGACUGUUCAGUAUGCCUCUCCCAUGUUCGUCCUGGCCUUCACUGUGGAACGAUGGCUAGCGAUCUGUCAACCUUUUAUGGUCUCCCGAAUCUGCUCCGUUAAGCGUGCUGUCCAUACCUGCAUUGGUAUUAUCCUUCUAACUCUUCUAGUUUGUUCUCCCAUGGCUUAUCUGAUGGGCACAGAUCCUCAGGGUUGCCAGCCACGCUCUACGGCCGUCUUCUACUUUACUACAACUCUCGAAGUUCUCUACUCUCUCGUGGCUCCACUGCUGGUACUCACCUUCAACUGCCUCGUAAUAAACGAGAUGGCAAAGAUACGACGCGCUCAAAUGAAGAAAAUGAUUCGAUGUGCAACGCGAGGUAGUACAACUAGUGGACGGGUCAACGAAUCGGGGACGAUGCAACGACUGUUUCGAAGAUCCACUGUCAAUAAGGACUCUGAGGUUGGAAUAAGAAAAUUGUCUACGUCCCUUAAGGAGCCACACAGAGGACAAGCAGAUAGUGAUCAGGCAGGAGGUUGUGGAGAGGCCUCUUCACCCAAAUUCAGGUCUACCACUAUAAUGCUGUUGGUGGUCAGCUUCUACGUCAUUUUUGCUACUCUCCUUGGUGGUUUGUGGUAUGUGCUUGACCUCAAGUUCUCCAUCGAUGCCUAUAUCGGAUGGCCGAAGCGUCAGGUAAGCUCUCAAAAUCAGUCCAAUUUAUGA